CAAGGCCUCUCUGUUUCUCUCUCUGCCUCUCAAAGAUCUAUUUCAGACUAGCUUUUAUGCUAGUCUUUCAAAUAACGCCAAAAACUGUCCUCCUCCUCUUCCCUCUUUCACCCACUUCCACUUUCUCUCUCUUUCUGCUAAAGCUGUUGUCUUAGCGCUGUAUGGGCUCGUGAUGAUUAGACUGGUGUUGGGUUAGAGACAGAGAAGAGAGGAGUGAAGACGGAAGAGAGAAAGAGAAAGAGAGAGAUGGGUUCGUGUGCAUCGGUGCAUAGGAGCUCUGACUCGGCCAUGAAACUCAGAUUAUCGUCGUUUGCGUCCAAAGACGAAAAGCUCGUCAUCCCACCCUCGCCUGUCAAGGAAACUCCGACCAAUGGGAUCAUCAACAACAACGUUGUGGCUGUUAAGUCUCAGCAGUCGCCUUUUCGAUCAGGCACUAGUUUUGGAGGAUACGGUAGCAAAGAGGAAACCUUUUUUGAUUCCCAAGCCUGGUUAGAGUCAGAUUGCGAGGAUGAUUAUUUUAGUGUCAAUGGUGAUUUUACCCCCUCCAGAGGCAACACUCCGGUCCAUCAUAACCUCUCCGUCGGGACCCCUAGAGUCAACAAGACCGGUUUUGAGAACAAAAUUCCUGGUUCCGUACCUGUAACAUCCCCAACAGAUAAGAAAAAGAAACUAGCCGAACUUUUCCGAGAGAGCAGCCGAAAUGACCGAGAUGGUGAGGACCUAAAUAUCUCAGGCAACCAGAACAUAGCCAACGGAAACAUCCAAGCUCAACCAACUUUACAGUCUGUACUUGACCUCCCUCCAAAGUCAGCACAUGGUACCCCGUAUGGAACCAACUCUGUAUGUAGUAGUGAAUGGACUGCUAAUGGAGACCACCCCUUAACAGAGAAGGAGAAACCAUUCAAGUCUGUGCAGUGUUGUCUUCCAGGCUUGAUUUCAUGCCGUAGCUUUAGUGAGAGGAAGAAGAAGAUGGACCCUGCUGUAGCUGUAAAUGAUGAGCCUCGAUUUGCAACACCUCUGGUACAAGGUAGAUGAAAGAAUCCAGGAUCUUGAAUCUUUGGAUCACAACUUCUGAGCCCAUUCUGACUUUCACUUUCUUCAGAUUUUGUAAAGUGUAAGAGAUAUCUGUUAAAGAACUCGAUAUAUGGAUCCAAGGGCAUGUAAAAAAGCAUUAGUGGAGAUGUUCUCUGCCAAACUCCAACGAGGAAUUUUACUAUCACCUUCAAUCUCAGAAAUGAGGUCGUGUCUUCCGGUUGGAAGUUUUUCUCUGCUUUCAUAAUGUUGAGGGAAUAAAUAAUGUAAUUAUGUAUUUCUUGUUAAGAAAAUAGAAAAAAAGAGUACAAAUAUGUAAUUACAUAAUUAUGUAAUUAUGUCAUACGGUAAAAUUGUUAAAUUGUUU